ACAGCAGCUAUAUUGAACACGCGCGUAAACAGUUACCAGAUUCCCGCCUAAAAUGGAUCAGUCCCUUUAAAUGUUUACGUCUACCAAUCGUAGGUAUCACGUAAUACUUUAUCGAGGAUUUUCAGGAUGUGAUAGCAGCACGUUCAACGAAUAACGGUGAGAAUGCAAUCGGCAUAAUACGCAGGCGCGAUGAGAAAAUCCGAGAUUAUAAAUAGACCACUAACUAACGACAGUGUGAAGUUGUCACGGUGCACUUGUCGCAUGAUGGCGCAACAUGUUGACCGUUCAGGCACACCGGCAGCUCUUUUAUUACUUGUUUUUACAAUAUUCAACCUAGUAUACGUGAAUGCAUUUAUAGGAGCGAAAAUAAUUGAUAAUCAAAAUGUGAGAUCAGUGAAUAUCCUACAGACAGAGCGUUCCGACACGAGAAAACACUCGUCGGACAGUUCGGAUUUCCUUGUCGAAGUCCUUGGCACCGGUCUGGAGAGCAACAUUUCUUUGUGCUGGUCACCAACACCCGACAAUUGUAAUCCGAACAAUAGAUUGUACGCGAUCUGGAUCUCGCCGAGCGGCGACCGUGCGAUAUACCAGUUCGCCCAAGUUCCUACUUUUAAGGUUACCACGAUCUAUUUCUGUCUAAGAAUCGUGACCAGGUUCGGCGAAACAUGGACCAAUCUUGGAAGCAACUUUGCUAUCACCCUUCCGCCACGAUCCGAGAAACAGUUUCGUACACGUCGUGCAGAUUAUUCGCCAUUUGUGAAUGGUGACCAUGAAAAUUUAAUGACUGAAGAGCUCCAUACAGAAGCAGUUAUUCAAGGACUAAGAAUAGAAACAGCUGACAAGGAUCCUAGUUACAGCGAAAAUGGAAUUCCAGAAAUACUAGCUGGGAGCAAGGCUGUUAUAAGAUUAUUUGGUACUGGUAUCACAGAGGAUAUGUUGGUCACUUUCACAGAUGAACCAGCAAGAAGAGGUACCAUUUGUGAUAAAAUCAAGAGCAACGAAUUCCCAGUAAGAAAUGUAAGGAACAAUACCGCGACUAUUGAUGUGGUAUUGCCACUUGGCUCACCAUUUUUUCUAUGUAUAAAACAACCAGUAUACGGAAAGGAAGGACCGGAUCUUUUGCUAUUCAAACAUCAAGGCACUCAGUCAUGGAACACUAUUUAUACAUACAAGAAAUUUUUACCACUUUGGCUUAGUAUUGUAAUUAUACUUAUGUGUCUCAGUUUCUCAGCUCUGUUUUCUGGUUUGAAUUUGGGACUAAUGGCAAUGGACAGAACUGAAUUGAAAAUACUGUGUAAUACAGGAACAGAAAAGGAAAGGCAAUAUGCAAGGACCAUACAACCAGUGAGGAAUCACGGGAAUUAUUUGUUAUGUUCAAUUUUGUUCUCGAACGUUUUAGUAAAUUCGAUAUUUACUAUUUUGCUAGAUGAUUUAACUUCGGGAUUAGUUGCUGUUAUCUGCUCUACCUUAGCUAUUGUGAUUUUCGGUGAAAUUUCACCGCAAGCUAUUUGUAGCAGACAUGGAUUAUGUAUUGGAGCUAAAACAAUUUACGUAACAAAAUUGACUAUGAUAAUAACGUUUCCGUUAAGUUACCCCAUUAGCAAGCUACUAGACUUUCUUCUUGGCGAAGAAAUUGGCAAUGUGUAUAACCGUGAACGCUUGAAGGAACUUGUAAGGGUCACGACAGGCUAUAACGAUUUAGAAAAGGACGAAGUGAACAUUAUCGCUGGCGCAUUAGAAUUACGAAAGAAGACUGUCGCGGAUGUAAUGACAAAAAUUGAGGAUGUAUAUAUGCUGGAUUACAAUGCCGUCUUAGAUUUUGAAACGGUAUCCGAGAUCAUGAAAACAGGCUUUUCACGGAUACCAGUGUUCGAAGGAACUAGAACAAACAUAGUAACAAUGCUUUACAUUAAAGAUCUUGCGUUUGUCGAUCCGGACGAUAACAUGCCGCUUAAAACGUUGUGUCAGUUUUACAAAAAUCAGUGCAAUUUUAUUUUCGAAGAUGUCACAUUGGACAUAAUGUUCAAGCAAUUUAAAGAAGGUCACAAAGGUCACAUGGCAUUCGUUCAGAGAGUAAAUAACGAAGGAGAAGGAGAUCCGUUUUACGAAGUAAUAGGGUUGGUUACAUUGGAGGAUGUCAUAGAAGAAUUGAUUCAAGCUGAAAUCAUGGAUGAAACUGACGUGUUUACGGAUAAUAGAACUAAACGUCGAAGACAAGCAAAGCACAAAGUACAAGACUUCACCGUGUUCGCGGAGAAGAAAGAGAACCAACGAAUUCAUAUAUCGCCGCAGUUGACACUGGCCAUGUUUCAAUAUUUAUCCACAACUGUCGAUGCAUUUAAGUCCGACACAAUAUCGGAAACUAUUUUACGUCGUUUGCUUAAACAAGACAUUAUUUAUCAUAUCAAAGUGAAGUCGCGCGAGAAAGCGAGGCACGAUCCGGCGGCGGUUAUCUAUCAGCAGGGAAAGGCAGUCGAUUAUUUUGUUUUGAUUUUGGAAGGUCGGGUCGAAGUUACGGUCGGCAAAGAGAAUAUGAUGUUCGAGAGCGGUCCAUUCACAUAUUUCGGAUCCCAGGCGUUUAUCGUCAAUAUAGGAAUCGCCGAAUCACCGACUACUUCAAACCCGCAAGCAGUGGGAAGCAUACAAUCGAUCAAUUUAGAUUCUAUGUUGCGAUACACGUUCGUCCCUGAUUACACGGUACGGGCGGUAACGGAAGUGUUCUACGUUAAAAUUAAAAGAUCUCUUUACUUGGCUGCGAAACGAGCGACGCUUCUGGAGAAGAGCCAAAAAGAUCCGUUACCAGGCCACGAGCAGUUCGAUGACGAAGUUGAGAAGUUACUGCACUCUUUAGACGAGGAUGAUCGCAGCGUGCCAGAAUCUCCCGUGUUGCCGGUCGAUAAGGACAAGGAACAAAAAAAGGAUAAAGAUACCGUACAAUCUCCUGUUCAUAGUGCAACUGCUCCAACUUCGCCCGCUCCGGUUAGCGCUAGCCCAGUGACGCAUUCAAAAUUUGUUUCAUCGUACAGCGACCAUAAUGGGAAACUUAAAAAUUCACCGACGAAGACACCUUCGGUAACAAGCCCAGUUCAAACUCCGAAUAAAUUAGAUUUGGACAUGGAAGUUCUUGCAUGUCGAGAAAUAAACAGAGUGAUGUCAUCGAAGAAAUUGCUCGAGGAAGAAGAAAGAACGAAUCUCCUGCCGAAGCAAGAGGACUCUUAACGUUCAGAGAACGGUCGAUGAUGUUUAAACGCAUCGACGCUGGCCAACAGAAAAGCAUCAAACAACGAAGAGCAGGAAAAACCUCUAUGACAUAUAAUGCUAUCAUGGCAUUAGGUACUUAACAAAUCACUUAAAUAUUUAUCACCAAACGAAUCAAUAUCUGAUCAUGCGUGUUUUUAAUUUUGAAAUAGUUAAUUCAGAGACUGUUUACGUCAUCCUAGUUCCAUCAAGUUAGUACGCUCAGGGAAGAUUGCCAAAUUUUUCAGACGCAUCCCUCUUUAUAGUCUACGUAAACGACAGAGUCGACCGAAACUUAAAUGCACUCUCAAUCACAACGGACGUCUAACGUAAUUUCUCUUCGAACACGUGCAUUAGA